AAUUACAUGUGUAGACAGAGUGAGAAAUGGUCAAUUCCUGAUCAUGUUUUGGAUAUUCUUCACUACCUUCAUAGCUGGUGCACUGGCACAGCCAGACUUUGGAUUCGGGAACUGUCCACACGGCUGGCUGAGAAAUAGUUCGUCAUGUUACCUUUUUGUUACACACGUCGAUAACGACUGGACGGAAUCAGAGUACUUCUGUAGCAUGUUGGGAGCCAAACUGGUUGAAAUUGAGACAGAGGAGGAGAACAAUUAUAUUCGGAGCCAUGCACGGACAGCACACCAGCACAAGCAGUCCGGGUUCUGGAUCGGGGGCACGGACGCCGUGGUGGAGGGGGAGUGGAUCUGGAUGAAGUCCCAGACGCCCUUCUCGUACACGGACUGGGCGCGGAACUUCCCGGACGAUUACGAGAGUAAUGAAGACUGUGCCCACAUGUGGUCCGAGGUCGACUUCUCCUGGAACGAUUCACAUUGUGACGAGAGAAUGAAUUUCAUCUGUGAAAAAGAAUUGGAAGAAACGCUAGUCAUUGGAUAAAGAUGGCCACAAAAAGAGGAAAUGGACUUGGAUGAUUUUCUUAGUCGAUUAAAAGGAUUUGUUGUUUCAAAAUGCUUGUUAAUUUUAGUCAAUACAUU